AUGGUGUUGAUCCUGGCCGCCCCAAAUCUCAUCCAGACAACGUCUUCUUCCAUCGACGGCCUUAUCGCCAUGCAUACCGAUGGGAGGUACCGCCGAAAACAGUUUUCCAGUUGUGAUGCCUGUCGCAAGUCUCGCGUCUCAUGCGAUGCCCUUCGCCGGUCUGCCAGGGGUCUGGCUACCUGCACCCGAUGUGCAAGCCGCGGUCUACGUUGCAGUUUUGAUUGGAUGAGAAGAAUCCCCCCUGGUUCAGAAGACCCAUCGGAGCGUUGGAACGAAGUCUCGUCGCCUCCCUCAACUCGCUCAGCUGGCCAAGUGAUUGAUCUCAGCUUGAGCCCAAAGCAGCCAAGCCCAAUUCACAUCUCUGAUUCCAGAUCUGACCAGCAAGCGGAUAGUCACGACUUCCAUGAGACUUCUCUGACAUCCAGGCGAAUGCCAAUUUUGAGCACAGAUGUAGCGGAUUGGCUACAAACGAUGUACGAAGAUGGCUUCGAGGCUGUGUUUGGCUCGUGGCUGGGGAACUACAGUUGCCCAUUCGCCUUUGGCGAGCAUGGGUGCUUAGAAGACAGUCCUAGGGAACAUCCCACGCUCUCGUUGGCUGUUAGCAUUUCCUCUCUCUGCCGGCAAUUCGAUCAAUUGAUGAUUGAUUUGGAGACUCAAGGCUCACAGGGGCCGAGCAGCCAGCGUCUCACACAGGCAGAGAUUGAGAAAGAGCGGCAAAUUGACCACACUUUAAACCAAGCUAUAAAAACCUUUUCUGCUCGAUGGCUACCUCUUACAUUCGACUCAUCUUUCCACAAAGAGGCGCAGACACAGCUAAUUCAUAGCCUCUGGCGCGACCUGCGGAGGGAGUUACCCAAAGCCAUGAAUCGACCCUGCUAUCGAUCGAUGUUGAGUUUGUAUCUGUUUUCUAUGGUACCGGUACCUGUCGGUAUAUCAGAGGACGAAGAGGAAAACGGCAUUCCAGCUCAGGUUUGUGUUCAGGCCGCCUUGCAGCAAGUUCAAUACCUUCGGGCUCGGCAAAGAAGCUUGGAGUUCAAUGGCUCCAAAGUCUCGCUUCUGUCCGACCAAGCAGCGGUGGUUUCGUCUCCAGAUCGAAUGCGAACAGACUUCAUGACCAUGGAAAAUAUGAUAUACUGGGCCGCCCUGACAUUUGAAACGUCAUCAUCUCUUACACUCAACACCAAGUCGCAACUUUCAUCUGGACUCCUAGGGUGGGAGCUGGAAGCAUCUUGGCGAAUGGUCAAAACAUGUACCGACAUUUUUCACGACCAAUCGGAGAACUGGCGUUCCCAUGGAGUUAUGGUUACAGAAGAGACUGCAAAUCAGAUCAUCGCGGCUGCACAAGCUUUCAAACUCCGUCUGUGGAAGGUUGGAGCGAUUCUCAAGGAGGCUCUGAGGGAAGGUCAUGAGGAGAAGGCUGUGCAACAUGCAUAUACCUGUGCGGUCGACACGAUCAAUCAGUUCAACUUUACAUAUCGGCCUCUGUUGGCAAUGUGUGAACGACGUCUCCAAUUUUUGGGUCAGCAUACGAAGCUUCGCUGGUAUGAACUCAUGCUGCAUCAUAAUCUGUGCAUCUUAAUAAUUAUCGACGCCAUUGAAAUUGCAAGACGCAAUGAUAUCCUGGACCGCAUGACCAGUAUAAGGUCCGAAGCGGAGGGCAGUCUAAUGAACUGCCUGAAAUUUGGACUGAGCAAUCAAUUCACCAUAGCACAGCGACAUGGAGAAGCACAAAGCAGUAACCGCACAUUUCCUCUUAUCGCCAUUGACCCCUAUCCUCACCACGUCGUGGCGGGAGUGCAGCUGCUGUGGAAAGGUAUUGAACGUGAUGUGGAUAGCAGCAAUCUCGAACAAGGGAUCUGUAAGGAUCUUCAGUCAAUUCUGCUACAGACACUGGAACUGCUGCCUCAAACCUCAAAGUCAAUCCGCAAGGCUACUGAGCAGGCCCGGUUGACUUUAGUUCGACAUGAGUAUGACCGUGUUGUGUUACUCUAA